AUGACGGAGUUUAACCUCAGGAAGCAGCGCGGGGACGGCGCCGCCAUUUUGCGGCGCGCUUUACCCCCGGGGGGUGCUAAUUACCCCCGGGGGGUGCUAAUUCCCGCAGGGGCCCCCCCGGACCUGCCCUACUCGGUGCGGCGCUCGCGGCUGCACAACCUGCCCGUGUACCUGGGGCUGCGGCAGGGCCGGCGCCUCACGGAGCUGCGCCGCAUCCACGGCGACAUCUGGGCGCUGGAGCGGGACCUGAGGGCGUUCCUGGGCUCGCUGGGGGUCCCCGAGGUGGCGGCGCAGGUGAACGAGGUGACGGGGACGCUGCGGCUCAGGGGGCACUGGGGGCCGCAGCUGCGGCAGUGGCUGCUCCAGAGGGGCUUCUAGAGACCCCCAGAGCCGCGGGGGACCCCCACAUCGGCACGGGGGGACCCCCACAUCGGCACGGGGGACCUCCACAUCGGCACGGGGGGACCCCGAGUCUGCAAGGGAUCGGCUGUGGGAGCAGCUGGAGCAGCACGGAAUGGAGCCCGGGCAGCGAAACGUCUGCUGGGGGCACCCCAAAAUCUACCUGGGCACCCCAAAAUCCACCUGGGCACCCCAAAAUCCACGUGGAGCACCCCAAAAUCUGUUUGAGGAACCUUCAAAAUCCACCUGGAGCACCUCAAAAUCCAUUUGGGGCACCUCCAGAUCCACCUGAGGACAUGCAAAUCCACCUGGAGCACCCCAAAAUCCGUUUGGAGGACAUGCAAAUCCACCUGGAGCACCCCAAAAUCUGUUGGGAGCAGCUCAAAAUUGAGAAGGAAGCUUGGAAUCCACAUGGGCACCUCUGAAUUCACCUGGAGCACCCCAAAAUCUGUUGGGAGCAGCUCAAAAUUCAGAAAGAGGCUUGGAAUCCACCUGGGCACCUCUGAAUUCACCUGGAACACCCCAAAAUCCGUUUGGGGCACCUCCAGAUCCACUGGAGCACCCCAAAACGUGCCUGGAAUCUGCUGUGGACAGCCCCAAAUCCCUCUUGGAGCACCCCAAAAUCUGUUGGGGGUGCCUCAGAAUCCACGCUGGGAUCCCAAAAUCCACCUGGACCACCCCAAAAAUCCUUGGGGGGAACCCCAAAAUCCACCCUGGGGUACCCCAAAACCUGCUGGGAGCCCCCAGAACCGGACGAAAGCCCCCCGAAAUCAAAUAAAACCCCCCCAAAAACCAACCAA